AUGGGUGUGGCUUACAUGCCCAUCGUCGGUGGGCGUGCCUUGCGUGCGCAGGUGGGAACGGUGCUGCUGUACGGCGUGCCCAUCGUGUCGCUGGUGAUCGAGGCGCAGGAGCGCCUGUGCCUGGCGCAGAUCUCCAACACGCUGCUCAAGGAGUUCAGCUACAACGAGAUCCACAACCGGCGCGUGGCGCUGGGCAUCACGUGCGUGCAGUGCACGCCCGUGCAGCUCGAGAUCCUGCGGCGCGCGGGGGCCAUGCCCGUGAGCUCGCGCCGCUGCGGGAUGAUCACGCGGCGCGAGGCCGAGCGCCUCUGCAAGUCCUUCCUGGGCGACAACACGCCGCCGCGCCUGCCCGAGGACUUCGCCUUCUCCGUGCACCACGAGUGCGCCUGGGGCUGCCGCGGCGCCUUCCUGCCCGCCAGAGACGGCGAUUGGUGUUAUGUUCGAGUGGGUAUUUGGUCCGAGUGGGGGUUCCACGUCUCCCUUCAUUUACCCCUGAAAGUGUUCAUAAAGGAAAAAAAUACUAAACAGAAUUUACACUGCAUCAAGUGCUCCUUCUGCGGCCUCUUCUUCUCGCCCAACAAGUUCAUCUUCCACUCGCACCGCGUGGGCCCGCAGAGCAAGUACGUGCAGCCCGACGCCGCCAACUUCAACUCGUGGCGCCGCCACAUGAAGCUGAGCGGCUCCCCGCCCGAGGAGGUGGUGCACGCCUGGGAGGACGUCAAGCUGGUAAUGAUCCACCAAAACCGCGCGCCAGAGGCGACCGCAGGGGGGGUGGCUGCGCAGGCCAUGUUCAACGGCGGCACUCGCAAGCGCCUGCUGGCGUCGGCGGCGUCGGCGUCCAAUCAGUACUUUGAACAAAAUGUAGUAGAAGAGCGUGGCACGGGUGUGGCCGGCGCCAUAGCGCGGCCCGCCGCCGCCCCGCACCCGUCGGUGCUGGGCGUCGGCGGCCGCGGCGGCGGCGGCUGCGGCGGCGGCGGCGGCCACGCGCCGGCGGGGGCCGGGCGGGUGCCGGCGCCCCCUCGCCAUUCGGCCCCCACGAGGCGGCGGCCGCCGCGGCCGCCAGCCGCCGGCCGCCCCUCCCCUGCACCCGGGCUCGCUGCACCACCCGCCGCCACCCGUCGCUUCCGCCCGUGUUUCCCCGGAGGCAGCGUCCGCCCUCGCCCCCGGCCCCGGCCCCCGGCCCGGGUCCCGGCCCCGCGCACGCGCCCGCCCCCGGCGCGCCCGCCAGCCCCCGGCGCCGCGGCCGCCGCGACGACGAGGACGGGCCCGUGA